AUGGCGGCCAGCACAGUGGAGAAAGGUGGUGUUCGAAAAUCAAGUGGUUUGAGGACUACCCUAUCAAAUCCAUAUACUGUAAACUGGCCUACAUUGGACAAGAAAACGUACCAUGCUAUCAUGAAUGCAAUUGGAAGACAUUUCCCUGCAACUCUGAACCAAAAGCAAAAAAAGAUAUCAAAGAAAAAACGAAAGAUGUUUGAGUCGUCCAAUGAACCUUUAUCAGAAGAUGACAAGAUACUAAAGGAACAGCUGGAUGAGAAACAAUCAUUGAGACAAUGUUUAGCUGUAGGAAUAAAUGAGGUUACCAAAGGACUUGAGAGGGAUGAAUUAUCUCUUGUUCUUGUUGAUCGAUCUGUGAAGCCAGUUACAAUGACAGAUCAUUUGAUGUUGAUAGGGGCAACCCGCAGAACACCUACACUUGGUUUGCAUGAAAUAGGUCAAUUACUGGCAUCAUUGUUAGGUCAAAAGAGAGCUGGAGCUAUAGGAUUUAAGAAACAAAGGCCAAGCACUUAUUUUGACAGUCUGAUAGAAUACAUAACUACAAAGGUCCCUGACAUUGUUGUGCCAUGGCUGAAUCCUUUUGAUGACAAGGCACCAGUUGAUGAUACACCAUACAAAGAAAAUGAAUYAAGUGUUGAGAAUGCAAACUCAGAAUUAAAAGCUUCAAYUUCAAAUACACAASAUGAAUUAAUACAAGYGAACAAAGACAAUGGUCGKACAAAUCGUAAAAGGAGGUUAUCUUCAGAAAAAGAAGGCAUUGGGGAGAACAAUGAUAACACAACAAAGCAAAGMAAACUAAAUGAUGRUCAAUGUGAAAGUACUAAUAAGGAAACAAGUUCACAAAAUGAUGCUACUGCAGAGAUUAUAUCAGAUGCUGAURGUGUAGAUAUUGAAAACCAGAAAAAAAUAAAAAUUAAUAAGGACACAAACCAACAAAGCCCAGAUUUUGGAAUGAUAACAGUUGUUUGUCAACCUCCUGUGGUAAAGACUGUUGGAAAAGGGACCAGAACACAGGAGAAGAAGGAGAAGAAGAAGAAGAAGAAAUAGCAUUUGUACAUCUUUAUUUUGCAAAGACAUUUAUGAAUUAUGAUUGUUAAAUUAUUGUUGAUAAAAUCAGUACACAGUCUAAAUGAAAAGUUUCACUUCUUGAACUAGAAUUUUUAGAAUUUAAUUUAUUUUAAUUUAACUAGAAUUUUCAAACCAGGCUUAAGCAGAAGAAUGAUGUCAUAUUUGUCUGGCUCCCCAAAAUCAGGUGUAAGUGAUCAAUGACUUGUCUUGUCUCGUGUUCUUAGUUCAAGUGUGCUUAGGCUAAUGUUGCUUUGCCUUUGAUAGGUGUAUUCCUUGUAAAACUAUUUCCUCUUGAUCUCAUGAAAGAAUCAAACCUAUGAAGAAAUGAUUGUCAAAUUGUAAGCCUUGAUGACAGAUGAACAAUACAGGUUAAUGGGACUACAGUCAUUUAAGUGAAAUUCAUAUGACAUGGUAAUGUUUGUACUUUUAAGGAUGAUAAGGGAUGAGAAGACAGAAGAAAAGCAAAAUAAAAUUAACUUACAUGCUUUC